UAGUAGGCUGGAGGAGGAGGGGGGAGGGGCCUGCGCUGCUCGGGUUGAGAGCAAACUUGCGUAGUCUUGCCACGGUUCUCGUCAUCUGCCUGCCUCCUUCUUUCUAUGGACAGCUUGAAGGGAGUAAAAGAAACCGCUCAGGUUGUUGUCGUCGGGAGCGCAGCGCCUUUCGAGGGCCCGGCGAUGAUUUAACCACGGAAAAACCGGGACCGAAAUAGGGGCAGGGGAAGAAAAAGAGACGACGGCGGAGAGGAGAGAGGAGGAGAGCGGCCGUCGGAGAUGUGCGGUCGGGCAGAGAUUGCUGCGGUAACCCUGUCUAGGCCUGGACUGUGCAGAUUGUUCUGAGAGGAAACCGAUAACAAACAGGGGAAGUGAACAUGGCCGGGACCUCUGCCUUCUUUUCCAACGGCCCUAUUUCGUGGAUGGACAACGACGCAGAGAUGAACAACCUGUACCGAGACCUGGAGCUGGGUACUGUGCUGACUAUGUUUUACUCUAAGAAAUCCCAGCGGCCUGAGAGAAGGACUUUUCAAGUAAAACUGGAGACCAGGACUAUUGUCUGGACCCGCAGCACAGAGAAAAUAGAUGGAGAGAUCGACAUUCGAGAGAUUAAAGAAAUCCGUCCUGGCCAGAAGUCUCGGGAUUUUGAUCGCCAUGGGGAUGACUCGUCAAUACGGGUCGAACCAGCUUAUUGCUUUGUUAUUUUGUAUGGGACAGAGUUUCGCCUUAAAUCCCUCAGCCUCGCAGCAACAUCUGAUGAAGAAAUGACCAUGUGGGUGAAAGGGUUAGGCUGGCUUGUGGCCGACACUCUGAAGUCACCAACACCGCUUCAAAUAGAACGGUGGUUACGCAAGCAGUUCUAUGCAGUUGACCGCAACAGAGAGGACAGGAUAUCCUGUAAGGAUCUGAAGAAUAUGCUGAGCCAGGUCAACUACAAGGUGCCAAACAUGAGGUUCCUCAAAGAGAAACUUCCGGACUCAGAGAUGAGGAACGGUGAUGUGUCCUUUAGCCAGUUUGCCCAGCUGUACCGUAACCUCAUGUUUGAUGCUCAGAAAAAC